GAGGAGGAUCAGCUUCAGCUAAACGCUUGCAGUGGAAGGGCCAAGGAAAACAUUGUUGCCAGCUUCCAGACAGACGUCUUCUCAGUAGCCACCAUGGACCUCAGGAACCCUGGGAUGCUCGAGUCCUUCUCAAGUGUCAAAGUAGCACCUUCUAUGUCUCGACCACUGAAGAAGUUCUACAGGGGGGAGCCGAUGGCCCUGGGGAUCACCCAAAUAUUCACCGGCAUCUUGGAAAUCGCUUUUGGGCUUGUGAUAGACGUGGCGAAUGAACAUUAUUUCUAUGACAUUCAUUUCAAGACGCCAUUUUGGACUGGAAUCCUGUAUAUCAUUUCUGGAUCCUUGUCUGUGGCGGCUGCCAAGAACCCCAAGAUUCCACUGGUGAAAGGGGCACUGGGAAUGAAUAUUGUGAGUGCCGUGGCAGCUGGCAUUGGGAUGGUGGUCUCCUCCAUCUCCAUGGGUAUUCAGAGCCCUCCAAGGAGAGGCAACUUCUGUGGAUACCACUACAAUGACACCGAAAAGAUUCAAGCUUGCCAUGAAUUCCACACCGUUCCUUCCGCUACCAUGUAUUACACCGUGGCCAUUCUUCUCAUGCUCACCGUCUUAGAGUUUGUCAUCGCCAUUGUCACCGCUGCCUUUGGGUGUGCCACCGUUUGUCGGAAUACCUACAGCGAAACGACUAUAGUGAUUUUUCAGAACACUGAGGAGGCAAGCGCUCCUCCUCUGCCAACUUCUUAAAAGCGUUGUCUAACUCCACGGACCCAGAUGAGACCUUCAUAAGAGAUUUAUUUUAGAAUUUUAAAGGAUAUUUAAUGAGACUCAAUGAUAUAAAACCUAAGGGAAAUUGGAACUUAAAAUUAAAUGUUAAGAGAAAUAUAUAUUACAAAGUAGUUAUUAUCUAGUCUUUUGGAAAGUUCAAAACCUUGUAAUGUGAUUUUAAG